CGGCAGUUUAAGGGACAAAUUGGUCGAAUGAAGAAAGUAUCUCCUGAUCUUGUUCCCCCCAUCUCAAUUCUCGCUCGGUCGUUGUAACGAGCGCGACAAAUAGCCCUCAGCCCACGUCUGUUCACAAAGAGACAGGGGCUCAAUAGCCGGUACUCUGCAAACCGCGGGCAAGCAUCGCGUCGGCUAGAAAGCGUGUUCCUCGCUCCCCCUUUAGCCUUAAUAGGAAUAUUCGGUCCUUUCUCUUCCUUCACCCGCAAGACCACAAGUAACUCAAGAUGUCUUCGCAAGUCGUCCCUGUCGACAAUCAGCGGUCGAGCACUGACUCGAACCGCGACGAGAAGUCGUCCGACCACAAGAAGGCAGGCGGCCCUCAAGAUGUCGAGAAGGGCAAGGACGAGCGCUUCGGCCUCGACCGCGUCUCCCUGUCCGAAGUUGGCGUGAGGGCCGAGUCGGCUGGCGUGUCAAACGUUUACGAAAGGAAGGUUUACAUCCUCAACCGGAUCAUGAAUGAUGAGAUCGGAAUGGGAAAGUUCCAAUGGCAACUGUUCGCUCUUUCUGGCUUUGGUUGGUUCGUCGACAACCUCUGGCUGCAAGGUGUCGCUAUUAUUCUGCCACCCGUCCAGCGCGAAUUCGGCAUCAAGAACACGCCUUGGGCCACCUUCGCCCUUUACGUCGGCCUCAUCAUUGGCGCCGCCGGUUGGGGUAUCUUGGCUGACAUCAUUGGACGUCGCCCCGCCUUCAAUGCCACCCUCUUCCUCUCGGGCGUUUUCGGUAUUGCCGCAGGAGGCGCGCCCAACUUCACCGGUCUGGCUGGCAUGCUGGCCGCCAUGGGCGUCGGUCUUGGCGGCAAUCUUCCCGUUGAUGGCAUGCUCUUCCUCGAGUUCAUCCCGGGCAACAAGCAGUACCUUCUCACGCUCCUUUCCGUCUUCUGGUCCCUCGGCCAGCUCUUUGCCUCGCUGAUCGCCUGGGCCUUUAUCGCCAACUUCUCCUGCUCGACGGAGCAGGACAACUCAGAUCCCACAGCAUCGGGCUACGGCCAGUGCACCCGGGACAUCAACAUGGGCUGGCGCUACACGUUCUUCCUCCUCGGCGGCGUCACCUUCCUCAUGUUCUUGGCUCGUUUCGCCCUUUUCCAGCUGCCCGAAUCGCCGAAAUACCUCGUGGCCCAGGGUCGCGAUGCAGAGGCUGUCGCGACGCUUCGUGAGAUCGCAAGGCGCAAUGGAAGGGAGCUCGGCGAAGACGUCAUCUCCGUUAGCAUUCUCCGGUCUGCCGCUGGCGAAGACGUGGGCGACAUGUCUGAGGCCGACGAGGCUCCUCCGGAGGAGAAGCGCGGCAUUGUUGGCCUUGUGUACACACUUAUCGCCAUGCCCAAGCAGCUCUUUGGUGCCGCAAAGAACUUCCGCCCGCACCACCUCAAGCCCGACUUUGGCCACAUCAAGCCCCUCUUCGCCAGCAAGAAGAUGGGCUACAACACUGGCGUCAUCUUCAUGCUCUGGGCUUUCAUCGGUCUGGCUUACCCGCUCUUCAACGCUUUCCUCCCCCUCUAUCUGCAGGAGAAGGGCAGUGUCGACGACUCGGGCAUCAGCGUGUCUCAGACCUACUCCGAGUACGCCUACAUCUCCAUUUGCGGUGUGCCUGGAUCGAUCAUUGCCGCUUGGAUGGUCGAAUUCCCCCGGUCGGGAAGGCGUGGUGCCAUGGCCCUUGGUACACUUCUGACGGGCGUCUUCGUCUUUGCUGGCGUCGGCGCUCCCAACCGUGCAGCCUUCCUCGUCUUCAACUGCCUUGAGGCCUCGUUCCAAAACAUCAUGUACGGCGUCCUCUUCGCCUACACUCCCGAGGUCUUCCCUGCGCCACACCGUGGUACCGGCGACGGCAUUGCCUCGUCGCUCAACCGACUCUUUGGUCUCUUUGCACCCAUCAUCAAGAUCUUCGGAGGCAGCAACGCCAAUGCGCCAAUCUUUACCAGCGGCGCCCUCUUUGUCUUCUGCUCUGUCGCCAUGCUGACGCUGACAUACGACAGCCAGGGCCUCACUGCUAUGUAA